CCUCUUCUCUGUCUAAGCACUUGCUCCGAGGUCGUGUGGAUGUGCUGUACGGUCUUCUGUGAGUCUCCGUGGCGCAGGACUGGACGGUCGCCACGCCUUCAAAGACGCACUUUAUCUCGGCUUCAGCUCUUCCUGCUGUGUCUGUUGCUCACCGGCAUAAACCUCCACAGAGCCCGGACAAACAAACCACCUACUACUAUCAACAAUCAUUCUCUCCACAGCCGUCACACUGAGCCUCAGGAGUCCGGCUCCACUUCUCCCACUGAUGGUAGUUGAAGAGGCUGUGUUGUAAACGCUUAUUGAUUUGGGAAUAUCCGGAGCGGCAGCUUGAUCGAUUUUGACAUCGGAUAAAAAGCAAGAAAUCAAAGAUGGGGAUCAAGGUGUAGUGCUGAGAGGAAUGCCCCAGACUGUGUGCUCAGGCACCAUGUUCACCACUCCCAGUAGCUUCAGCCCGCAUCUGGCCUGUGCUGAGCCUGGAGAGGAGGAGGAGGGGGCCCCACAGGAGGGCCAAGAACCAGGGGCCUGCCUGGCCGAUGGGCCCCCGAUCACCUCCGCCUCCCUGGACACCCUGAUCCAGAACUUGGUCCCCACUGCCGAUUACUACCCCGAGAAAGCCUAUGUGUUUACGUUCCUGCUGAGCGCACGUCUAUUCAUCCCGCCUCCUGAGCUGCUGGCCAGGGUGUGUGAGCUGUGCAUCAAACAGCAGCAGCUGGAUCAGAGCCCACUGGAUACGGCAAAGGUGCGCAAGUUUGGUCCCAAGAUCCUGCAGUUGCUGACAGAGUGGACAGAAACGUUCCCGUCCGACUUCAGGGAUGAGAAGAUGGUCGGACACCUUAAAGACUUCAUCCACAGGAUAGCUCCAUGUGAUGAGGCAUAUUGGAAAACCCUGAACCAGGUGCUGCAGAAGCUCAGCCAGCGGCUGGCCCUGAUAAGCCAGGGAGAAGAGAGCAUCGUCAAGGUCUCCCUCAACGCCUCCUCCAUCUCUGACAAGCUGGUGGCCUUCAAAACCAAGCCUCCGCCGAUCCAGAAGGACAUGCUCUCCAUCUGCAAUGACCCGUACACACUGGCACAGCAGCUCACCCACGUGGAGCUGGAACAUUUGAGACAUAUUGGACCUGAGGAGUUUGUCCAAGCCUUUGUUCAGAAAGACCCGCUAGAUGGAACCCAGCAGCCGUGCUUCAGCGACCAGAAGAAGAAAACCACCAACCUGGAGGCAUAUGUCAGGUGGUUCAACAGACUGUGUUACCUGGUAGCUACUGAGAUCUGCAUGCCUGCAAAGAAGAAGCAAAGGGCUACAGUGAUAGAGUUCUUCAUUGAUGUUGCCAGGGAGUGUUUCAACAUUGGAAACUUCAAUUCCCUCAUGGCAAUCAUCUCCGGAAUGAACAUGAGCCCUGUGUCACGGCUGAAGAAGACUUGGGGCAAAGCCAAAACUGCAAAGUUCUUCAUACUUGAGCAUCAGAUGGAUCCUACUGGGAACUUUUAUAACUACAGGACAGCCCUAAGGGGGGCCGCCCAUCGCUCGCGAACUGCCAACAGCAACAGAGAAAGGAUCGUGAUUCCCUUCUUUAGUCUGCUGAUUAAAGACAUUUACUUCCUGAAUGAAGGAUGUGCAAAUCGGCUGCCUAACGGCCACGUCAACUUUGAGAAAUUUGUGGAGUUGGCGCGGCAGGUUGGGGAGUUCAUGACAUGGAAACAGGUGGAGUGUCCAUUUGAGGAGGAUCGGGCCAUCCUGCACUACCUCCACACUGCUCCCAUCUUCAGCGAGGACGGACUCUACCUUGCAUCCUAUGAGAGCGAGAGUCCAGAGAACCAGGUAGAGAAGGACAGGUGGAAAGCACUCAGGUCAAAUGUUCUGGCAAAGACAUGAGGCCCUGAUGGCAGCUAACCCUGCAACCAGCGAGGGAGCUCGUGUUCUCGUUGCACUAAAUUGAACUGUGAAGGAACCUAGCUGGUACUUAGGUGUUUUUUUUAAUGAAGAAGGGAGGAAAAAAAGGAACAAGAUGAACAGGAUUCAUCAAGAGUGUUUAAAAAAAAAAAAAGAACACAUCUUUUAAAAGGGAAUUAAAAAAGUGAAGCGAUGGAAACUGGAUCAAAAUGCCUUUGCAGCAUAUGAACUGUUUAGGUAGAGUAUGUUGGAGAGGGGUCCAGCCUCCUCUGUAACCCCUCCCAUAUUGUGUGUUUACUCUGUGAAGAUAUGUUUACUACUAUAGCGAGUACAGUUACAGGGAAAACCACUUUCUAAAAUGAAAUUCAUACAGAUGCUAUUGUUUUUUUUGUAUUUGCUCCUCUUCUCUCUCUUUCUCUUUCCCUUUUUAUUCUUAAGGUAUUUAUUUGAACUUGAUUUCCUAUAUGUGUAAUGUACUGUAAGGAAACUAACCAUGAUGUGAAGGGCGCUGGCUAGCCCAUUAUUAACUUUUAUAGGUCUACUGAAGGAUUCUGGGAAGAUAGAAGAGAACAUGCCUUGAGCAUUUUACCAGUUCAUCUCAUGUGUACUUAUAUGUGUUUGUGAUCCAGAUGUUCAUGCAUUCAAUGUCUGUUCAGAUUGUCAUUGUCUUGUUUUGCAUGAGAAUGACUGGAAAAGACUGCUCAUGGGUCAGGGUUUUUUUUUAUUAUUAUUAUUAUUUAUUGUAUUUUUUGAAGUGUUUACUCAUUUCUAAAGUUAUUGUGCCAUCAAUGCAAAACAACUACAGUAUAGCUUCAGUCACAGGGCCAGGUGUAGAUUGUGUACAGGUGACAUUUACCCCUCAUCUUUCUGCUCUUCAGGAAGUUUUCUCCGACUGACGUUCAGUUGUCUGAUAUAUUUAUGGAGAUUUCUGUGCUGACAGAUGUAUAGUUUUUAUUGUUACUUUCCUCUACUGAAUAUGAAGUCCAAUGGCAUGCAACGAUAGGUGAUGUUACAGGUGCAUAAAGAGUAUCCACCUUGUGAGGAAAACUGCUGCAACAGGAAGUUUGCAGUGCAGAUGAAAGACAACGGUGAUUUGGAUUUUGUCUUAAUCUUAAUUAGAGAGAAACUUGUGCCAUAUGAAUCAUGAUAAUUCAGGUUCCUCUGACUUGAAAUGUGUUGUUUGUCGUUUCGUGGGAUCGUCAACUUGCGACUCUGUUUUUGGCAGUUUUGUUGUGAUUCGGGGCGGGGGCGGGGGAGGGGUCGUGUAAGGAGGAGCGGUGCACUGGGGAUGGGAACUAUGUAAUUAUAAGCUUUUUGAAAACAGUCUUAUUGAGUUUGCUAUGAUUGAUUGAUGUCAGUGUUUUCUCUUAAGAAGCACCUUUCCAUCCCAAUAACAGACUGACUUUAACUCGCCCUCCUCAUUUGCCAUCAGUAAACUUGCUUUUCCUGUAACACAUUCCCCCUGAUAAGUUAAGUAUAGAGUCAGACAUCCAUCCAAGCUAAAGACAUGUUUUAAUAAAACAUUGCCUGUGUUAAACGUGUGUUUUCAAUGACAAUCUACUUUACAUCACUUCUGCUCUUCUGAAUGGUGCCAUUGCCAUUUUCCAACCUUUGAUUAAACACAUUCAUUGCUGUGUGCAUUGGAAGGAGUGGAGUGUUUUUCAUGGUUAAAGAGGCCAAGCAGAAACAAGUUUUGUCUUUAACAUCACUGCUACAUUUAUGACUGGUUCUUAAAAAGCCUUUAAUAAAAGUUGACCAUGCGAAACUGA